UGUUUUUUCUUUUAUAAUUUUACACAUUUUCUUUUGUGUUUGUGUAACAUCAUACUUCAAAAGCUCUAUGACAGUGGAAAAUCAGACUUUUCUAAAUAUUUCCAAAUAUUUCCAUUAACUAAUUUUCUUUUGAAGUCAAUCAGAUUUGUCAGUUUGGAAUUGUUAUCUCCCCAGGAACCAUUCCUGUCUUUGCCACUGACUUUUGUGAGCCCAGAGCAGUUGCUCUAUGCAGUUCAGGUUCCACCUCCCUGAAGGGGACUAUAAAGCACUCACGUGGGUCAAGUGACAUCAAUUUAUCUAUGUAACCCCAACUUCUUGCCAUUCCCUCAGAGCCAUGUGUGAGUGUGAGGUGUGAUUUGCUGCAACUGAAAAAACAUUGAGAAAAAAUGGUGAAUGCAAAAAUUGUAUCUCCAGCCAUUUGUUCACGUCUCUUAAACUGAAGUCUGAAGUUUAAGCACAGCCCUUUCUAAUUCAUACAUACACACAUACACACCCACCACACACACACACACACACACACCCAUACACAUACACACUUUGUUUUUUAAACUUUGCCGUGGUCAGAAACCUAAUACUGUAAUUGUCAGAAACAUAAUACUGUAAUUGUUUCAGGACAUACAUAUAUACAUAUAUAUAUACUUUUAUGUACUUUCUCAGCUACUUUUUGAUUUGUCUGAGGAAUCUGGUGUACCCAUGGCCAUAACAACCAGGUUAGUGCACAGUAGAGUCUUUCAUGGCCACUAAUCUUGAUGACAAAAUUAUUCAAACAAACACUUCUUGUGUCACCAAUAUAUAUUAUGUAAACCCUUGUGACUUUGAUUAUGUGUCUAUAAUACAGAUUAGUCUGUUUGGGUGUUUGGUGCUGACCUCCAAUAAGCUUCUAAAGUAUUAGCAAGAAUUUGCAAGUGACAGGCAGGCAGAGGUGCUGUUCUGCCUAAUCCCAUUCCCAAAACUCUGGCUAUAUAUGUCUGAACAGUUUCUGCUGCUUUCCUUGAGGCACCAACCAGGUUCUUUCUUUCUCAGCCCCCUCACAGCCACCUUUAUGCCUCUUUCCAGCUGUAAUGUGUCACAAAUGUUGGAAGAUUUCACUAACCUUAUGGAUUAGAGCCAGGGAAACAGUGAGAACAAAUUUAGAAUAGGAGGCAGAGAAUGUACCAGCUGGGAGGGGAUGCUGUCAAUCUCCAUGGAGACCUCUUUAGUUACAGCUUUGCUAAUUACUCUCAUGAAUUGUAUAGUGCCUGGUUGAAAGCCUGGCCAAGUCAGUGGAGACUUCCAAACUGACUGACUGUGUCUUGUGCUCCUGAGGGAUGCAUAGGGCACAGCCCCUCGGGGUAGCCAGUUAUGAUUUGCACUGGGCUCUUUCUCCUUGAUGGCCAAAACGCAGCCUAAGGAAAAUCCAAACACCUUCAUCUGAUCUUCUGCAUGAGGCCAGCUUCUUCUAAACAAAAGAGCUCUGGAGAAAUAAACGUAUAUCUUGGUUAGCAGAACAAUUUUUUUUUCUCAGGCAUGCAAGUGAAACAUCUCUGUCAUCUUGUGAACUUUCCACAGGAGUCAGCUCCUGCAGGAGAUGAAGUGGGACAAGAUCCACAGAAGCCUUUUAACUCCAAAUGCCUAGAUAGGAUAUGCUUCUAUGCAGGAUUCAGGCAACUAGUUAUAUUUGCCCCUUAUCUCCAGGAUGAACAUGUUUCAUGGAUGAGUAGAGAAAAAGGGAGGGACUACAGACAUGGGCAGAGAGGAAUGCAGCCAAAAAUCUGGAGAAAAAGCAAAGGUAGUCCCUUUUCUGCAGUUUUCCGGGUUAGGAUGUCUCUGAGCUCAGAAGGGAUUGGGUUGACACCUGGGGACACUGCCACAACCCCAACACAAGCAACAACCAUCCUCAGGGGGAGAAUUCUGGCUCCACAACACUGCAGCUUAGGCUUGUCAUUACUGGAAGCCAAACUGGCUUUAGGCACUAGUCCACUGAACAAUUUCCAGUUGUUAUAAAAAUCUAUUGGACUUCUUAACCACAAGACUCUGAGCUGAUGUACCACACCCCUCAGGUUCCAGGUCCCUGAUUUGUUUGUUCAGAAAUUAUUUAUUUGUUCUACAAAUAGAAAUAAGGUUAAAUUAACAACUGGGAAAAAAAUCCACCGCACACCAUGCCUGAUUUCUAAAGGCAUUUGGCUGCCUGAGCAGAUCUUUCCCUUGCAGAUCACCAUUCCCCAAAAUAUAAAUGUCAUUUUCCAAACCCUUCCUGUCAAAUUUCACUCCAUGCUGCGGGUGUGUGCAGCUGUGUGCAUGAGUGUGUGCUCACACCUGCUUAAAUGUCCCUCUUCAGACACUCAGCUCCCUUUGAGCCCCUGCAGGAUGCUCAGCAGUGCUGAAAAUCCAUGAGAUGGCUGGUCGCAGUGAAAUUCAGGGAUGCUCCAGGGUGCUAAAACCUGUCCUGAAUCCCAGUUCUCUGUACCACUAUCAGUGUAGCAAUUCCUUCCAGGUGAUUUAGUGAGAAAGCUAUCAUUUAUGGUCAAAAGAAAGAUGACGGGUAAGUUCCCUGCAGUUCUGGAAUUCACUGGAAGGAUUUUUUUAUCUCAUCAAAAACAGAGGAACUGUUCUUGAGUAGACCCCUAUCCACCUGCCUCAGGUGCUCAUCUUGCCUGGCACUAGGCAGCUGGAAAUGUUUUUCUUCAAAGCUCAUUCUCUUUGGAUCCUUUGGCAGGGGGUAGAACACAAGGGGCAUCUCUAGAGGAUGAUUUGGCUGUGCUAUUUUAGACCCUUGCCCUGGGAGGAGAUGCAUCUGCCUUUGUGCUGCAUGUUUCCCCCCAUUGACAUGAAGUGAGUGUUGGGUGACACAGGCUCAGACUUGAUAACAUGGAGGUUUGAAUUUACCUAAUUCACCUACAGACACUCAGAGGGGGCUUACAUGGGGUGAGCACAAAAACUGGUAUAGUAUAAACUGCUUCUCUCAUGUGACUUUGACUUCCUCCUUUGAAAUUGUCUCCUCUGCCUUCAAGCUCAUUGAAAGGUCCAGUGUGAGCUGCACAGAUUAGCUUAAAUCUAAUACUGGGCUUGACUUUAAAUUCCAUCUUUAUUCUUCACCAGUCCUUCCAUUUCCCUGAGCCUUAAUCAGGUAACAGCUUUAAAACUGUGUGUGUGCAUUAAGUAUCAUAUUUAAGGUUUCCGAACCUAAAUCAUAUUUCUCAUACAACUGCAGUUGUGUCCACAACAGCAGUGUUGGUUUAAAUUGCCAGAAACGUUAUCUUUGUGGGGUGGGGACCAAGUGUUUCAAAUAUGAUUGUACAGCUGUCAGUAUCACUGUGUAACUGGGAAUUAAGCCUUUAAAAAUAUGUUUAAUCAUAACUUUCAGUGACUAAGAAGUUGGUUCAAUAGGGGGAAUGGAGUUAUGUGGGAAUGAAACCUGAAAUGCAAAGGGAAUAAAAAAAUUUCAUAAGCCUUAAAAAACCAGGAGCAAACAGCAAACAGACAGAUCAUGGUUUCUCCAAAAAAGCAGAAAAGAACUAAUCCAGAUGAUUAGGCACAGUCAGAAGCUUGCAUAAAGACAUAUAUUGACACAUAACCAACAAAAUCUGGAAAACAUGCUGUGGGAACAAAGACUGGGCCAAGCCUCCCCUAUGGUUACUGCAAGGCUGUGAUAACGAGGUGCUGGCUCUGCCAGGUAAAGCCACAGGCUCAGGGCUGUGCCCAAGGCUGGUGAACAGGGAGCACUGAGCACCUGUAAAUCACAAAGAAAACAACACAUCACCGAUCUAGGCUCCAGACACAGGCUCAGAGCUCAGCGUGUUCCCACUGAAGGCCAAGGUCAUUUAACAUUUGGGAGGCAAAGCGGCUGCUCUAGCCAUGAGCACCAUGUGCAAUUCCCAGCAGCUUCCAAAGGUGACGAUCAGCACUCAGCUGGCACCUGCCUCACACCUGCAGAUCCUGAAGGCCCUGCUGCUCUUGGCAGGGAGGUGUGUGUGCAUGUAUGCCCUGCAUAGGUACAUGCAUAAACCCAGCUAUCAUAUGGGAAAUGUGGAAAUGAGCAGGGAAAGGACAAGUUCUUGGCUGUAUUGGGAGCUGGUAAGUGUGACACCAGUGCAAAUAAACGGAGAGGGGACACAUGAGUAUGAGGGGGUCUAAGGCUCCAUGUGUGGGGCAUGAACAGGAGGUUCAUGGCAGCGGUCGGGAGGUUUGAGUCAAGUGAACUCGCUGCUAAUCCUCUUGCACACAGCCUUCCUUGCGGGAGAUCUCAUGACUCUGGGGAGAAGUACAUUGUGUAACAAAGCAAUGGUGAACCCAAGCUCCAUUUAACAAGGCUUGGCACAGGUGCAACAGAGUAGGAUACUUACCCCAAGAGAGCGUGAGAGAGAGCAUCUCAGUGCAUCAACCACUAGCUUAGAGUCCUUAAAAGCCCUGUGUGGCUUUGGGAGAGGAGCUCAAGUAGAGGGGGAAAAAAAAGAAAAGAAAAAGAAAAAAAGCCCAUAACUCCACAGAAAGCAGCUCCCUGCACUGGGCAUCCCUGCACUUGUGUGGAAAUGUUGCAUAAUGUCCCUUUGCACCACACAGAGCUUUGAAAUCUGCAGGAUCAAAGCUGUAUGGAGACACUAUGGAUGUGCCAAGACAAAUUUAAAGGCAUUUUGCAAUUACAGGAAGAAGCACAAAGCCACACUCCAGCAUCCUCUUGCUGUUCCACUGUGACAUCUAGUGGCAAUGGCACUGGAGAACAGAACAGGAAUGGUAUUCCUUGUUUUAGGCCUGUCCCUGCACUCACCUCCUGAGUAGCUUUUCCCCAUCCAUCUGAGAAUUAUCUCGUAUUAUUUUGGAAAAAGCUCUUUUGCCACUAAUCCUAUUGGUUUUCUACAGAUGUAAAAAAAAUCGGGAUUUAAAGGUUUCACAGUGUGCUUCCUAGAAUGUAUCACUAGGUCUCCACUUGUGUGUGCUGUGUCUUUGCUUUACAGCUUUAUGGCACAGACACUGAAAAAAAGACAAAAGAGAUUGUGGGUUAAAGAGUGAUAAUUUAAGAUGCCUUUACUGAAAAAGCAAAUGAGUUAAAAUGCAAAUAUUGAGGUCACAGCAGUGUCCAUUUAAGGGCUGGUCUUCCAGGUCUCUGAGGUUAGAAUUUGCAGUUGUCAUCAGGUAAAUCUUCUUUGCAAACCAUUCUCCAAAUCCAGUUGUUUUUCAUAGAGUUUGUUGAGUCUUUUGGUAGCAGCUGGACAAAAGUUUUGUUGAAUCUCUUGCAUGGGAUCAAAAGCAUGUGAUCUGGUGGGAAAAACUUGCCACUGAGUCACCGUGUAACCUUUGCCACAGUAGUUAAAACUGUCACCAUUUGCUUCUCCCUUCUGCUUUCAUGAGGGUAAUUUGCAGGGCUGCAUCUCUCUUAGGGAAACAUUUGGCAUGUGGGCCUCUGCCUCUCCUGACUGAUUAAAAGGAAGAUGAGUAUUUGUGCUUUGAAACUUCAUUUAUAUGGAGAGAUAUUCAGGAACUGUUUGGAUGGUAAUGUUGUAGGCAUCAUCUUCACCUAAUGGCCAUAACUACCAGAGAAGGAACAGCAGAGCAAAGCAACAGCAACCCAAGCCCUAAGUUAAAUGGUAGAUUAAAAUAAUGUGACUAAUAAGAAAAGUAAGCAAUAAAAGAGAGGCAAUGGAAAAAAAAAAACCUUAGUGAAAAUUGCUCCUUGGUGGCCGACACUGAUGCCAAAACAGAAAGCCUGGAGUUAAAUGAGCUCCCCAACACAUGCCACAGUGAUUUAAUUAAGAGUGUGAGCAACACACUGGAGAGAGAGGGGCUGAGAACUGGGGGUGCUAGGGCUGGAAGUGUAUGGGAAAAGCCGUGGAUUUGAACCCAUCCUUGUGGUCCUUUCCCAGCCCAUGGCAGCCUCACAGCUUGAAGGCAGGAGCCAGGCUGCUGGCUAAAAAACACCCCAAAAAGGGCAAGACCACUGUGAUAGAUGAUGGUUUGGACUCAAAGACCUUGGAGGUCUUUUCCAACCUGAAUAAUUCUAUAAAGUGCUUUUGCCUGCAGGCAGUUUUUACCUGCAGCUUUUCCUUUCUUCCCAAGAGCUCUCUCCCCUCAAACCCCUACACAGGGCUCAGAAUGUCAGGUGAGGGUAGGAUGAACCCAUCAGAGGAAACACUUCAGUCUUGGAUUUUCACCCUGUCCAGGCCCCCAUCUCAGUGCCUGAGGUGAGGCGGCCCCACAGAAUCACUGGGGUUGGAAAGGACCUCUGGAGAUCAUCCAGUCCAACCCCCCGCUACAGCAGGUUCAUCUGGAGGAGGUGACACAGGAAUGUGUCCAGGUGGGUGUGGAAUGUCUCCAGAGAAGGAGACUACACAGCCUCCCCGGUCAGCUGUUCCAGAGCUCUAUCACCCUAAAUGCAAAGGAGUUCUUCCUAGUGUUGAGGUAGAACAUUCUGUGUUUUAGUUUAUGGUCACUGCCCCUCGUCCUGUCGCUGGAGACCAAUGAAAAGAGUCUGACAGCAUCCUCUGACACUCUUUGGAUAUAUUUAAAUACAGUUGUAAGAUCCCUUCUCAGUCUUCUCCAGACCAAACAGGCCCAGCUCUCACAAUGUCUGUGCAUCAGAGAGAUGCUCUAGACCCUUCAUCAUCUUUGUGGCCUUCGCUGGACCCUCUCCAGCAGCUCCUUGUUUUUCCUGUGCUGAGGAGCCCAGAACCGGACACAGAACUCCAGAACAGGGCCGUUCCCUGCCCGGAGCAGCGCCAGCGCUCGCUGUCCCCCCGCCCCCGGUCUCAAGAUGGCGGCAGCCGUGAGGGCCGGACCAGGGCCCCGGGGCGGGAAGGGCCCAGCUCCGCCGCGCUGAGGCCGCCCGGCCCCUCCCGACGGGCUCCAGAGCGGCAGGGAGGGGCCGCAGCCGGACCCGGCCAUGAGCGGAGCAGCGGAGGCGCGGGAGCUGGAAGAGCGGCUACGAGAGGCGGCGGCCCUGGGGGACGUGGCGGAGGUGCGGCGGCUGCUGCGCGCGGGGGCGGACAUCGACUCCCGCAACGAGAUCAAUGGCUGGACCUGUCUGCACUGGGCCUGUAAGCGGAACCAUGCCCAAGUGGUGUCCUGCCUGCUGGAGGCUGGUGCAGACAAGCAGAUCCUCACUGCUAAGGGAGAGUUGGCGGCACAGCUAACGUCGAAACCAGACAUCCGCAAGAUUUUGGGAGAGGAACAAACUGAAUGUCAAGGAGUGAAGGAUUUAAAUUUAUCCAUUGUUGCGAACUACUUGGCCAACCCAUUCCCUAACAUUUACACCGAAGAAAGCAUUCCAGGCAGCUUGGCAGAAUCCCAGAAUGAAAGUGCUUCCAUCUCUUCUGCUUCCCAGAGUGAAACUAGCCCUUGUCCAUCAACAACUCAGGCUGAAAGCAUCUGCAUACCCAUGUCAUGCAGCAGCGUUGAGACUUUCCCAGCACCGGAUGCAGCAGCCAGGCCACCCCCUAUGCCCACCGUCUCUGCAGCCGCAGCAUGUGCCAGCCCAGGGGUGCCCUACGGCCCUGGCCGCCCCCCAGCCAUGACCCCCAGCCUGGGGCUCUGCUCCCCAGGAGUAUCCGGCCAGGCCUUGCCUCUGCAGCCUCACACCUCCCCCAGCAGCCCCGCAACCGCCUUCCAGCCCUUCUUCUUCACUGGAACAUUCCCAUAUAACAUGAAAGAACUUGUACUCAAGGUCAGAGUCCAGAACCUGAGAGACAGUGACUUCAUUGAGAUUGAACUGGACAGACAAGAAUUGACCUAUCAAGAUCUGCUCAGAGUGAGCUGCUGUGAACUGGGUGUUAAUCCAGAGCAAGUAGAAAAGAUCAGAAAACUACCCAAUACACUUCUAAGAAAGGACAAGGAUGUUGCCAGACUCCAGGACUUCCAAGAGCUGGAGUUGGUCCUUGUGAGAAGUGACAGCUCUCCCUUCCGGAACACUGCGGCUACGCUGAUGGAGCAGCCAUGCUACAACAGUAGAGCAUCCAAGCUGACCUACUGACCCUGUGAGCUGCACUGCAAUGUGAACACUUGGCAGUGACAUGUGCUGCCCUUUGGAAGGCAGCAACUUAAGUGCGUGUAAAACCUUAAGUUAUCAUUAGGGUUACUAUUUUAACUAAUAUUUUAUAUUUUAUAUUCUGUUUGCUUUUAUUUUUUUACUUGAUACGGUAUUCAGGCAAGGGAUACCUCAUUUGUCCAGUAAAAUCACAGGUUUCCAGUGUAUUUCAAGGAAGUUUAUUGGUUGUAUCUGGCAGUGUGGGGCAUGAAAGAUGUAAUUAUUGAUACAAAAAUUUUCUUAAGUACACCCACUCUGACCAAGUAAGACACAUGGAAAGAUUGAGGAAAUUGUGUGUCUCUGUGUGUACUUCCACAUUAAAUUAAAGAGACACACAAUGGAUAGUUGCUCUCUAAAAAUGUGAAUGUGCAAGUCCUUAAUCUCUUGCCCCUCACAAACACUCACCAUGAUGUGUUGUUUAGAGAUACUUAAUGCUCAGAAGUGGCAGGAGAAACCCUUUUACUGGGCUGAAAAUAACUGGAAUAAGCAUGUCCAUAUUUAAAUGUUUAUUUUCCCUGUGAGAAUAUUCUACCUCCAACAAAAAAUACGAAAGCCUCUCGUAAAUGUUCCUAUUGAGUUGCAGUGCCCUUUCAAGAGAAACCCCUUGUUUCAGAUGGGGAGGGACCCCCAAUGUGUGUCCGUGGUUUUAUUUACUUUCUGACCGAUGUGAGCCUGUGCAUUACUCACAUCAGGUGUCAGUAUUGUCAAGCCAGGAAAGCUCGCUGUGGCCCUCCCUUGUACACCAGUUCCAAGGGGGAUGGUUGUUUCUGCUGUGUGAGCAGCACAGCAGUGUCCUAAUGAGAGAUCACAGCUGGAAGGAACACAGAAUGCUUUUAUGAGCCACUAGAUGGGAAAAACACCACAAGCAAGUAACUAAUUUGUAACUUUACAUCCUGCACCGUCUACUGUCACUGUAACAUAGCCUUGUUUUAGCCAGGUGAGUUACUGAAAGGGCUGAAUGCCUCCAGGUGCUUUCAACUUUUUUUUUCCCCCUCUUCUUUGUGGGGAGUGAAAAAAAACCACAACUCUGGUUAAGCUACAGACUGUUUAACUUGCAUUUAAGCAAGUCUGUAAUGAAAAAAUUCACCUGUGGGUUAAAAUACUUAAGUCACAGCAUCGCCGGAGUAUUAAACAACCUGAAAUUUUUCUUGAUUUAACAUGGCAGCCACGAAAGUUACACUUUUGGAGGCUGUUUUCUUUUUUACCAAAAAAUAAAAUGCUGACCUUUGCACCAAAACCCUUAAAUGGGUCCUGAGGUGGGUGGAGGGCUGAGGGAUUUGCUUUUUCUGCAUGAGCUGCUUUUUCUCCUCUCUGUUCCCCCCCACCCCAAACUACUGAUUUUCCUUCCAUCUCUGCUUUAUGAAGCUGCACUAGGCAGAAUUUUGGCACAGCCGAUGGAUGCUGUGUUUGUUGUUGAUCUGGACUACAGUGUUGACAAACUAUAAAUAGUACAGCACCAUGUUCUAGUAGAAGCAGCAUGGCUGCCACCCUCCGCGUGUCCUGCUUUACAGUGAAGACUCCAUCAAGCUGCUGCACACUGAGAGAAGACAGAAACCCCUUCUUCCAGCAGAGGAGAUACUUGACUCUGGGCUCAGGAUUUCACCAAGUUACUUAAGCUUAAAAUUCUUGCUUACUUCAGCCAAAAUAAUUAUCAUCCUUUCCUCCAUGUUCCACACCCAUCACCUCAAGCCUGCUAACUUCCCAUUCUCAGUCUUGGUUUUUCUCCAGCCAGGAGCUGAGCUACUUUAAUGCCAGAUUCAACUCCUGGGAAGCUUAAGGCUGUGACACAGUAUGAAGUAAAACUUCUCAACUAAGGUCCCUGCUUUGUUUUUCUUGUAAGACAGGAAAGAAAGUUCUAUUUUAACAAUUGCGAAUUUAUCUCUCCAGCAUAGCUUGGGGGCUACCUUAGAUUAUGUGCAAUAACUGUGAAAAACAGUAGUGGUUAAAUGGUUCAAAAUUAGUAAGUGUAUCUAAUUUGUUUCCAGUUCCUUUAUUUAGGAAGUCAGUGUUAAGGACUGUCUCCAUUAAUUACUGAGCAUUCUGCUAGAGGGCAGCUGGUUUAAAAAGCUUUAUUUCUCUAGUUUCCACCAAGAAUAACAGUAAAUGUGUUAAGACUUAAACUCAUAAUCUGACUGUAAUAACAGUAUAUCUAUGCAUUCAGAGAAGUAUUUUUGUACGUUUUAUGCAGUUUGAUAAACUCUAAGGCACACUAGUUAUGUUAGCUGUUUUUUGUUGGGCUUUUUCUUUGAACAAUGAACUGUUGGAAUGGCAACUGAGACUAAGUUUACAAAACUUACUGUUCUUCCAAGGACGCUUUUUGUUUGCACUACAAACUUGUACUGAACUGACAUUGCUACACUUCACUUAUAAUAAAGUAUCAGUCAUGUCAAGUACUUUGAUCUCUUCCUUUUUCAGGGUAGGGGGUAGAAGGAUGUGAAGAGGAUCACUCUAGAGUGGACAGGACACUAAAAUUUUAAUGCAACUUUGAAAAAUCAGAGGCCAGUACACUCUUAACACCUAAUAAAGACUGUCAGGCUGUCUAAACCAGUAUUGGAGAAAGCAUGUCAGAGGUGCUUACUGAAAUCAGGUACUUUUGCCUAGCAUUCCUAAAAAAUCUGGGAUAGUAUUUAUGCUGGAGUUAAGCUCUGAAGAUACUUCUCACAAAGAUGAAUCUCUCUGGAGAUGUCUGUACAGUCAAAUCUGGAGGCAGAAAGGCACUGUUUCCUAUGCUCUGCAAAACAGAAUUUUCCUUCAUCUUCAAAGCAUUAAAGACUCCCCUAUGAGAUGUGAGAAUAUGAAUCCCAGGCUACUCUAUGACAAGGUUCUUCAUUUUAUCAUUUUUACUUUUGCAAAGUAAGGAGAAAUGCAAAUCCUGUAACAAAUAAGUGCAGUGGAAGGUACAAGACAAACAUUUUCACUGCUGAAAGAAGUAACACAUCCAGGAAGAGGCUGAGUCCUGUUUCACAAGUUUCAAAAGUAGGAGGUGUUUAUCUAAUGUCUCCAGUUAGAAUUUAGUUAUAAUUUCACUUGUUCCCACUUUAUUUUUUCCCAAAACCACCACACCCAGUCUCCAUCCCCUGCGCCUCUGUGUCUGGUUUAGAACAAUAAAAGUUAAAAAAGGAACAUGGCUGUCUGCAUGUGUUAUCAAAACCUAGCACUACUGACCAGAGGGACCAAGAUGCAGAUUCCUCCCAAGUGCACUUCCACGCACAGGCCAAACAAACCAGCACAAGUUACAAUGGUGUUCUGUCCAUGUCUGAUUUUGGUUACAUACACAAUCAAGGCCUGAAUACUAAUGGAAAAGAUAAUGCUCUUUUUAAAGAAUGUAAAUUCAUUGCCUUACAGCCACAGCACUGACUAGUACUCACUGCAGUUCUUUUCCAACAAGAACCACUCUUGCUUGCACUACAGCUUCACAGGGAAGCAUGAGGCACAUCUCCCUUCCUGUGUGUCUGUUCUGACCAACUGCACAGGGCUGUUAAUCAAUACCCCAAACCAAUACUGCAAUGCAAAUAUGAAGCAGUCAGAAUGCCAGUCUCAGCAUUGGCAUCUCUCUAAACAUGCUGUCGAAGUUGAACUGUUUUAUGAAGAAUUAAUACUGCCAUUUUUAUUGCAAGAUUUCUGUUAUUUCUUAACCUACUGCAGCAAAAGGCUCUUUUUGGGGAGAUGCUGAACCCAACAGCAUCCAACUGCUGCAAAAGUAAGCCUGAAAUUAAAUGCUGAUGGCACCAAAGAAACCCAAACCCUCAAAGAGCACAGAAUAACUAAGCAUCCAAAUUAAUCAACUAAGCUUGAAGACAUGAGAAAUUUAUUAGGAAAGAAGCUUAUUUAAUAUUAAAUGUUCAAUGACAGAGACAAUCAAAUUUGUAACAGAAAUUCAAAGAUACUUUAUUUCCAUUUCUCAUAUAUCAAGAAGCUAGGAAUUGCUUAGUUGUAAAAAUGGGAUUCAUCUUAGUUCAAUUCACACAAAUACUAAACAUUUAUUCUUGUGUUUUAAAGUCCAAGAAUGAAAACUUGCAAUUAAACACUGAGCAAGCCAUGUGUUCAGGUUAUGUUGGUUUCAUAUCUUAAAAAGUCUUAAAGAAAAAGAAGGAUACAGGACUUAUAUUCUCAGUAGCAUAUGUGCUAUUAUCAACACAUCUUUUUGAACUCUGGGAGGAAACACCAGUCCUGAAUUAAAUUUUGU